UUCAGUUGCAGAGCAAACAAAAAAAUAUGAACUCGUUUAGAGCAGCGCUUUUACUAUCGCUGGUGGUUGCUAUCUGUGCUGCCCCACAAGGAUCUUCGAAUACACCGAUUCCGAUCGUAAGCCAAAAUUCAGAUAUCCAGCCCGAUGGAAGCUAUAAGUACUCAUAUGAAACCGGUAAUGGAAUUAGAGCUCAAGACGAGGGAACAUUGAAGACGGUGCAAGUGCAGAAAGCGGACGGAAGCGGAACUGAGCAAGCUCAAGCGCUAGUGCAGACUGGAAGUUUCUCGUACCCGGCUCCUGAUGGUACCAACAUUGAGCUUAGUUAUACCGCCGAUGAAAAUGGUUUUCAUCCGCAGGGUGCUCAUCUGCCAGUGGCACCAGCUCCACUAACAUAAACUUCAGUUAUCGAACGAUUGUACUAACAGUUUUAGUCAUCUAAUACUCAAAGUGUAUAAAAUUUAUA